AUGACUCAUCAGUGGGGUUUUGGUACGACCUUUCAGCCUUUUAUAGGUCAUGAUCAGCGGGUUAGAUACAUUAUUGAGGAAACUAUUAAUGAUGUUAAAGAAACUAUUAAUGAUGUUAAGGAAACUAUUCGCGCUCAGGAACUUCGUUUCGCGGGAAGAACAAAAAAUUCUAUUAUUACUCGUGGGAACGUUCAAAACAUUGAACCCUUAUUCGUCGAUUCAGCCAGUGAACCAUCAUCCACCACUAUAAUCAGCGAACUUUUGACCAGCGCUUCUGAAAUUCAAACAGAUACUUCUGAGCCUUCUCAACUCGAAGUACUUGCAUUAAAUUAUCUUCGAAAUCAAGAGAUUUCAACUAUCCCCAGCAGAAUUCCGAAACUCAAUCCUUGCAGUAUUUUCCAAAGAGUAAUCCUAAAAUUCCGAUUACCUUUUCCACCGCCAAUGUCUUGA